UGGGGAGGGUUGUUUUUCUAGUACGCAGCAGUCGAAAAAUGUGCAGAUAUAUAGGAAACUGAUACGGAUAUACAAAUAAAGAUGCUCACCUUCAUUCGUCUAUAACAUAAGCGUUGAAAUAACGCUGAGUAGGUAAGCUUAAAGCGCUUAUAUUUACGGUAUACGUCAAUAUUUACAGGCAGAGACCUGUAAACAUGCCGCGAUGACUCUAUAACCAACUGGUUCCGCUUAAUACAUUUGUCGAUCAGUGAUCAUUAUGAUGUUUUUUAUUUAUGUUAUUCAAUUUUGAUAUCAUGCCUACAAAUAUUCGCAAUAACAAGACGUCACAUUAAGACGCAACAUUGCGUAAAUCACAGAAUAAACCAGUUUAAAAGCAAACAUAAGCAAAUGUCCGUUGUAAGGAUAGGGCAUCGCCUUAUGUAUUAUGUAAACAAUAUAAAUAAAUAAUGCGAGCGCUGGGUUGUUGCCUACUCCGGAAAGCGAGAAUAACAAACCACAUCCCUUCAUAUAAGGUUACUAAUCCAACCGGGGCCAAAUGUCUGGCAAUAACAACAUCGUGUUCAGGAAGGUCCGGAAUACGGAAUACAUGAAGAAGUUCCGGGAUCCGAAGUGGGAGACGUUCUCAAAAUGUUAUGAAGAAUCUUUGAAAUACAGGCUGAGCCGGCGGGUGAUGGAACAGACACACAGACCGCUGUUCGUGGAUGGCUGGGACAGCGGGUCCGAGUCGAGCGGAUGGUCCAGUCCGAAGCUGAAUGAGGUAUAUGUGUCGAAUGGCAAGCAUUACGCAUCAUCUUCAGAGUCCAGGAACGAGAAAGCAGAGGUUCUGAACUCCUUGAAGCCACAAGUGAAUGGCGACAUUCAUACGGAUGCUAGUACUGUGGACGGCUCGCCUCCUUUGGAAAACGGUUUUAAAACUGCCAACGGACCAUCGGAAUCCAUUCCAAAACGGCGUCCCAGACAGCGGACACCUCGUUUAGAACCACGCUAUCUUGAUAAGGACCUGGACAGCGAUACAUCACAUCUAUCCGCGGUGAGAAAGCCAUCCAGAGCGAAGAGCCAACCGCCAGGAAAUACCAACCAACGGACGUCCAACCGUGAGAACAGACGCUCUUUUAUCCGGCACGACUGGGCAGAAAAUCAUAUUGAGACCAGGAACAGACAGACACCGAACAUGAGAGCGUCUGUGUCCGCUGGAGAGAUUCACCGGGCUGACGUGGGUGUGCAGACGAGACGGGAGUCUGAAAAGCGAGGGAGAGGAUCAGAUCACCGUAGGGCGAGGUCUGCUGACCUGGAGAAGUGUCGCCGCUCACAGCUGAGCAUUGGGGAGGGACGAUGGAUGACUGAGUACAUGCGAUGCUUCUCUGCUCGACUGAGGUAGACGACUGAUCCAGGAUCAGUUUCGCCUUUAGACUAUAAUUGAGGAUGUGAGGAAUUCAGGUAACAGAUCUCAAACCAGCACUACAGAAUGAUUUUAAAACAGUUAUUCAGAUGGGCAGUCCCUGAAGGAUUCUUACAUUUGUAUAGACCGUUUUAUCGGACCUGCCUGACCCCAGUUAACUUCCGGUUUCUAUUUCGCUAGUGUCUAUUAAUAUAACUAUUAAUAUUUUAUUUAAUGUAUGGUAAUAUUAAUUAUUAUUUUAAUGUAUAAUAAUUGUAUUAAAUAAAAGAUGUUUUGUAUUUUGUUGUGUGUUCAUUUUAUUAAAUUUACUAUUAUUAUUAUUAAAAAAACGCAUGCUACAUUGAUAUCUAGCGGUUGAGCUUGGUAUCGCAGCUGAGACAAGUUUAGCCAUCCAAUGGUUCUUCUCGGUUUCGUUUGCUUGUUAUCAGAAAUAAUUUACAGCCACUUUAUUGUUUGUGAAUGUGUACCGGAAGUUAACUGGGGGUCAGGCCAGCUUUUGUUUAUGUUGUCACUUUGAAACCGUCUAUAAAGAUGAUAAGAGAAGGAAAAUAUGAAAUGUAUAAUGAAUUUCUCAUUAAAAUAACGAUAAUUGCAUAUUUGUAACGACUAGUCACUUUCUCACAAAUGUAUAGAAGGACCAAACAUUUUAAUCUUGAACCGAAACACAUUGGGUAUGACAUUUAUUGUGAUGUAUUUAAUACAAUAAAUAUUCAUAUUUUCCUUAUGUUCAGAUUUUGUUACAUUUUAAUUCCAGUUCUAUAGUUGAUCAUCGUUCUAAUCUCAAUUUUUAUCUGAUGUCCCACUAAAAAUAUAAAAGUUUGCUUCUUAUCCUACUGGCAAAUAAUUGGAUACAUUUUAGGCAUCAAUAAAAAUUCUAAAUCUAAAAGAAUAAAGUAUAUAAAUGUAAAAGUAAGAAAAAAGAGAAAAUUGCUAAUUCAUAUUUAUUUGUCUGUUUUUUGCUUGUCUGAAACAGAUUUGAUAAUAAGUGGACCAAACAAUUAACAGAAAGACAAGACCGGAGAAUAUUUGAGAAUCUGCUUUAGAGGCUCCAGGCUGUCUAAAUCAUUGCGUUUCGUUGCUUUAAAUGUUUUAAUGUGAUCGAUGUUUGGUUUGUGUUUAUUUGGUUACAUGACCCAUGAAUUGUGUUUGAAAGCUGUUAGAAGUGCAGUGCUGUUUUAAAAUCAAAGUGGAAUGUGAAAGUUUUUUGUAAGGAGUGUUUUUUCACAUUUGCCUCACAGGUUAUCACCAGUCAUCAUUUAUAUCACUUUUCUUUAAAACUGAUGGCUAGAUAAGGGCAAUCACUUGAUUCUUGUUUCUGAAUGUGAUAAAUGUGUACCGGACAUUGGAACUGUCAUUGCAAAAAUCUAUAAUGCAUCAAGUGUAUUUGUUACACUAUAUAUUCUUUUGAAGAUUGUUAUCUGAAUGAAAAUGCAUAAUGUGGGGCACCUGUAGAUACAUUGCUUUAUUUAUUUGGUGUUUCAAAUGUUUCUGAUCUGCACUGGACAUGCUUUGAAUGAGUCUUGACACUAUAAACCUCACACAUUGUUUUGGUCUUAAAGGGACAGUGCACCCCAAAAAUGUAAUUCUGUCUUUUUUCAUCCAAUUACAAUUAAUGAGAGCUUAAAGGGAUUCUUCGUCCCCAAAAAUAAAAACAAUUUUGUCAUGAAUUAAUCACCCUCAAAUUGUUCCAAAGCUAUGUACAUUUCUUUGUCCUGCUGAACAAAGUCAAUGAUGUCCCGGAACUGACAACAUUCUUCCGAAUAUCUUUCUUUGUUUUCAACAGAACAAGGAAAUUUAUACAGAUUUGGAAAAACCAGCAGGUGAGUUAACGAUGACAGAAUUUUCAUUUUUGGGUGAAGUAUCCCUUCAAGAUUUACAGCUUUAAUAAAUAACAGUAGCAAAAAUGAUUGUCUUAGUUUGCAUCUACUGUGAACCCUGACUGGAUCAGUCUCAUUUGUUUAAUCAUUUAUACUGGUUUUAUGAAUUAGAUCAAUAGAUUUAUUGAAAGGAUUCAAGGAAUCAAGAAAAGCUAAUUAUAUGACUUUAUAAAGGUGAAUAAAUGAUGGCAGAAUUUUCAUUUUUAAAUUGCUAAAUUAGUAUCUGGACUUUUUUAUGAAUCUUCUAUUUAUUAAUUUGUUAUUGUCUUGCUUGCAGUUUCACAAUGGAAAUUUGUUUAUUGUUACUCACAAUGACACUCUUGAAUGAAAUAUGCUGUAUUGACCUGUUUAUUUUUUUAGCAAUGUUUACAUUUUAAACCGCUGUAUUUGUACAUGAGAACAUGCACAGGUAGAUAUAUUUUCCUCUGCACAACACAAAAACACUGAAUGCUUUGCUGUGAAUAAACUACGUUUGAGUAACAUUCUGUGCCCUUGAAAUGAUCGGUUCAUACAUCAUAUCGCAAUAUUCUAAAGGAAUAGAUUAAUUAAAGAUACAGUUCACCAAAAAAUAAGAAAUCUGUUACUAUUUACACACAUUGGAUUAGUUUUUUCCCAAUCACCCAACAUCUUCUAAACUGCCAG